AUGGAAAGCUGUUACCUGGGGCCGGAGGAACAGGGUGGAAAUGGGGUUUUCAGAAGGGAAGACCAUCUGACCCCAGUUCCCUGCUGGUGGCUCCCAGCCAAAGCAGAAACCAGCUGCAUGGGAGUUCAGCCUCCCCAGGGUCGAGGGAAGGGCAAAGAAGGAAUCUGGGAGGCAAAUGCCGAAAUGAUUCUUUGGGACUGGGACUUAAAGCAAUGGUAUAAACCUCAUUAUCAGAAUUCUGGAGGUGGAAGUGGAGUUGAUCUUUCAGUGCUAAAUGAGGCUCGCAAUAUGGUGUCAGACCUUCUGAUUGAUCCAACCCUUCCCCCACAAGUCAUUUCUUCCCUGCGGAGUAUCAGUUCCUUGAUGGGUGCUUUCUCAGGUUCCUGUAGGCCAAGGAUUAAUCCCCUCACACCAUUUCCUGGAUUUUACCCCUGCUCGGAAGUAGAGGACCCAGCUGAGAAAGGAGAUCGAAAACUUCACAAGGGACUACACAGUAGGAAUAGCUUACCAACUCCCCAGCUGAGGAGGAGCCCUGGAACUUCCGGUCUGCCACCUAUUGAACAGUCGUCGUCCCGGUGGGAACGCAGUAAUGGCAAAAGGCCACACCAAGAGUUUGGCAUUUCAAGUCAAGGAUCCUAUCUAAAUGGGCCUUUAAGUUCAAAUCUACUGACAAUGCCGAAGCAAAGGUCAUCUUCCGUAUCCCUAACUCACCAUAUAGGUCUAAGAAGAGCUGGUGCUUUCCCCAGCCUGAGUCCUGUGAAUUCUCCCAGCCAUGGACCAGUCUCCGCUGGCUCUCUAAUGAAUCGAUCACCUGUAGAAUUUCCUGCCACUGCCAGUUCUCUUACUAAGCCAAGUGUUAUUUUACACCGAUCUCUGGGCAGUGCACCCAAUUCACCAGAUUUUUAUCAGCAUGUUAGAAAUUCUGAUAGCAGUUUAUGUAACAGCUGUGGACAUCAAAUAUUGAAAUAUGUUUCAACAUCUGAAUCCGAAUCUGGUAUAGACUGCCACAGUGGAAAGUCAGGUGAUGAAGACAACACCGUUUCCUCAAAACAAUCAUUCAGCCUCACAGAAGUGCAACAUGAAGUGGAAACAGAGAACACAGACUGCAGAAAAUUAUUUUUGGAAGGUGAUACUCACCUAACAGAAGAGGCACAGAAUGAACAGCAACCAAAUAUUGAACAGGAAGCAUCACUGGACCUGAUUUUAAUAGAAGAUUAUGAUUCCUUAAUAGAGAAGAUGAGCAACUGGAAUUUUCAAAUAUUUGAAGUUGUUGAAAAAAUGGGAGAGAAAUCAGGAAGGAUCCUUAGUCAGGUUAUGUAUACCUUAUUUCAAGACACUGGUUUAUUGGAAAUAUUUAAAAUUCCCACUCUACAGUUCAUGAACUAUUUUCGUGCAUUAGAAAAUGGCUACCGAGACAUUCCUUAUCACAAUCGUAUACAUGCCACAGACGUCCUACAUGCAGUUUGGUAUCUGACAACCCGGCCAAUUCCUGGUUUACAGCAGAUCCACAAUGAUCAUGCAACAGGAAACGAAACAGAUUCGGAUGGUAGAAGGAACCCUGGGCAAAUUGCCUACAUUUCUUCAAGGAGCUGCUCUAUUCCAGAUGAGAGCUAUGGGUGCCUUUCUGCAAACAUUCCUGCACUGGAAUUGAUGGCUCUCUACGUGGCAGCUGCCAUGCAUGAUUACGAUCACCCAGGGCGGACAAAUGCAUUUCUAGUGGCUACAAAUGCCCCUCAGGCAGUUUUGUACAACGACAGAUCUGUUCUAGAAAAUCAUCAUGCCGCAUCAGCUUGGAAUCUAUAUCUUUCUCGCCCAGAGUACAACUUCCUUCUUAAUCUUGAUCACGUGGAAUUCAAGCGCUUUCGUUUUUUAGUCAUUGAAGCAAUCCUUGCCACAGAUCUUAAAAAGCAUUUUGAUUUCCUUGCUGAAUUCAAUGCCAAGGCCAAUGAUGUAAACAGUAACGGUAUAGAAUGGAGCAAUGAAAAUGAUCGCCUCUUGGUAUGCCAGGUGUGUAUCAAACUGGCAGAUAUAAACGGCCCAGCGAAAGUUCGGGACUUGCAUUUGAAAUGGACAGAAGGCAUCGUCAAUGAAUUUUAUGAGCAGGGAGAUGAAGAAGCUGAUCUUGGUUUGCCCAUCAGUCCCUUCAUGGAUCGUUCUUCACCUCAACUAGCAAAACUCCAAGAAUCUUUCAUCACCCACAUAGUGGGGCCUCUGUGUAACUCCUACGAUGCUGCCGGCUUGCUGCCGGGUGAGUGGAUAGAAGCAGAAGAGGAUGAAGAUGCCGAAAGUUGUUAUGAUGAAGAAGAUGGCGAAGAAUUAGAUACAGAUGAUGAAGAAAUAGAAGACAACUUAAAUCCUAAACCACGAAGGAGGAAAGGCAGACGGCGAAUAUUUUGUCAGCUAAUGCACCACCUCACCGAAAACCACAAGAUAUGGAAGGAAAUCAUCGAGGAAGAAGAGAAAUGUAAAGCUGAUGGGAAUAAACUGCAGGUGGAGAAUUCUUCCUUACCUCAAGCAGAUGACAUUCAGGUCAUUGAAGAAGCAGAUGAAGAGGAGGAGAGACAGUUUGAAUAA